AUGUUUAGGCAAGUACUUAGACACAGUACACAAUUCAGUAAUAGAGCAAGCUUAAACAGGACGUGUACUAGAGACAUUACCACCAAACUCAGGUUUUUCACGAAACCUGAUUGUAUGUUAUGUUAUGAGGCAAACGUAGUUUUGGAAAACGCGUUAGACGAUGUGAAACCAGAAAUGAGAAAAACAAUUAAAGACGUUGAAUAUGUGGAUAUUUCCAAACCAGAAAAUAGAGGUUGGUUUGAUUGUUAUAGGUACGAUAUUCCAGUACUACAUGUGGAGCGUGAUGAAUAUAAAAAAGUUGUCUUCAUGCACAAAUUUGACCAUGAAGAACUCGUCGAAGAACUAGGCCAAGAACUAUAA